CCCGACGACUGCCAACGAGACAAAAUUUCUUUAUCGCUAUCGAUAGGUGGGUGGUGAAGCCCAUUUCUUAUUAAGGACGGAAGAAGCAACGUGUCAUGAAACAGUUUCAAAUAGUGAGAAGUUUGAUAAGACAAUGCUGCAGUCGUCCUUGUUUUUCAGGUUUGGGUUGGAGUAGGGAUUUCACCACCUUGGAACAAGCGGCAGUGGAGCAAUCAUUGGGACCAGACCCUUCUAGAUUGGAAACGAAACUUUCCACCUCACCUGGUCCUUCGGAUAAGAUUAAGAGCGGUGAAGUUCGUUGGGGCACCUUGUUUACAAACCAUAUGUUUGAGGCUGAGUGGCAUUUAGAAGAAGGUUGGUCAGUCCCAAGGGUUGUUCCCAGACAUAGCAUAGAACUAGACCCUGCAGCAAGCGUCUUACAUUAUGGAUUGGAAGUAUUCGAAGGUCUCAAGGCACAUCGAGGAACAAAAGAUGGAAAGAUUCGGUUGUUUCGGCCUGACAAGAACAUAAGAAGAAUGGCAGUUUCUUGUGCAAGAUUAGGCCUGGCAACUUUUGACCAGCAAAUGAUGUUAGAAUGCCUACGUCGUUAUGUUAUGAUUGAAAGAGACUGGGUUCCACACGGUCGAGGGACAGCACUCUAUUUGCGUCCAACUUGUAUUGCCAUUGAUCCUAAAUUGGGAGUUGCUCGCUCCAAACGUAAUUUAUUUUAUAUUAUUGCGUCUCCAGUUGGACACUACUUCCAAGGCGGGAACUGUGGAGUUAAUCUACUUGCUACUACAAAGUAUUUCCGUUCUUUUCCUGGUGGUAUUGGCUUUUGUAAAACUGGAGCCAAUUACGCUCUUGGAAUCGUACCAAGUGAGGAAGCGUCUCGUCUAGGUUGUCAUCAGGUUUUAUGGCUAUCAGAUGCGAAGAAUCGAUUUGUAACAGAAGCAGGAGUAAUGAACUUUUUCGUUUUAUUCAAAGGAUCUAAAAGACCAGAAUUGGUUACGGCACCUUUGGAUGGUACUAUUCUGGAUGGGGUAGUAAGAAGUUCUAUUCUGGAUCUUGUACGUUCCUGGGGAACGAUAGAUGUUUCUGAACGAAAGUAUUCCAUCGAUGAAGUUGUACAAGGAAUAGUUAAUGGUCAGGUGAUCGAAGCGUUUGGCUCAGGCACAGCAUCUAUUAUUACUCCCGUAACCGGAAUUCACUAUCAAGAUAAAAUGUAUCCCAUUAACUCUGAAACAAAUAAGAAAAUAACUCCGCAGUUACUGAAAAGCAUGCAAGACAUUUUUUAUGGUGAAGUUGAUGAUACUUUUUCAUGGAAUGUACAAGUGGAUACUGAAUAAAUGAAUAUGAUCAACUAAUAUUGUUAUAUGGAAAUGAAUCUUAGACUUGGGUA